AUGUCCUUUAGAACUCUUCCUGACAAUGGUGAUGCCAUCCAGGUGUUCUAUAAUAAGGCAAAUGUAAAACAAGUUGACGUGCCUUCCUACAGUGGCAGCUUUGGUAUUUUGCCGAAUCAUGUUCCAACAUUAGCUGUUUUAAAGCCAGGUGUGGUAACAGUGUAUGAAGAAGAUGGAGCCUCAAAGAAAUAUUUUGUAAGCAGUGGUUCUAUAACUAUCAAUGAUGAUUCAUCUGUACAAGUUUUGGCUCAAGAAGCAGUGCCAGUUGAUAGACUAGAUGCUCAAGCUUGUAGAGAAGGGCUAGCUAAAGCACAGCAACAGUUAAGUUCUGCUACUACUGAAGAAGCUAAAGCAGAAGCCCAGAUUGCUAUAGAAGUGAAUGAGGAACUAGUGAAAGCUGCCUCCUAAUCCUGGAAUUUUUAUGUAGAUAAGCAUAUUGUAUUACGUGUUCAUGUUAAAAUUUAGAAAUAAAUUCUUAGGAAAUUCUGAACAUUAAAGAAGGUAUAAUUAUUUUUCAAAACUUAGAAUUCUGCAGAUAUUUCAUUAUUCACAUAACUGAAAUUAUUUGUCUUCUAUGUUUCUUAGAAUUUAUACACCAGAAUGUUUUUUAAUAAAAAUAUUAUUACUUGAAAA